AUGACUCUAGAUCGUUACUCUUACAAUGGCCCCAUAGACCACACGGUCCCUCCCAAACUAGAAAAUGUAAGGGGAAAGUCGGUCAUCGUUACUGGGGGAGCCAAUGGUAUGGGCGAAGCUUUCGUGAGAGACUUUGUCGCUGCCGGCGCCUACGUGACCUUUGCAGAUGUCAACGAGCAGCGUGGCCAAGCAAUUGAGUCUGAGCUCAAUGCCAGUGGCACAACAUGCCAGUUCGUGAAAUGCGAUAUUAGAGAUUGGGACCAACAAAAGGCAGUCUUUGAAAAGGCCAAAAGUCAGAGUCCAAGCAACAGUGUUGACGUUGUGAUUGCAAACGCCGGCAUCAGCCGGAGCUCUGGCGACAGUUUGUGGAACUUGGACGACCCUGAUAGCGAGCCAACAAAACCCGACUUGAACAUUGUUCGCGUCAACAUUGACGGGACAUUCUAUACGUGGAAACUGGCAGUUCAUUAUUUCCGCAAGCAGCCGGUGAAUGAUGAAAGAGACCGUUGCUUCAUCAUCACAGGCAGCAUGGUGGCGUGGAUAGACUCUCCCGGUAACUGGGAGUACACGGCCACCAAAUAUGGAUUGCGUGGCUUCAUGCGGACAGUUCGAAGAUCCAGUCAUGAGCAAUCUAUACGGAUCAACUACGUCGCACCAUGUUGGAUUAAGAGUGCCAUUCGAACAGCCGAGUACGAGAAGUGGCUUAUCGACAAUGGGGUCGAAUUUGGCGAGCAGAAGGAUGUCUCAAGCUGUAUGUUGCGAAUUGCAACCGAUAAGUCCAUUAAUGGCCGUUCUCUGAUGAUAACCCCUCGCACAAUCGCCAAAGAGGGAUUUGUGGAUAUUGAUAGAGAAGACUACAAGGACACCCCGGAGGAUGAAUAUCUGAAGAAGGUACAGGCCUCUCAACUAGUGAUCAUUAAAGACAAAUGGCUUGAUGACUACAAGGUCAGGAUAUAUAAGGAUUGA